AUGGCCCAGGAAGAAUCGAUUCCGCAGCGCAUGAAGGCCUUGAGCUUGGUCGAAUUCAAGGAGAAUUACCAGCUGCAAACCGAUGUUCCUGUUCCAGUCCCGGGACCGCGAGAACUCCUCAUUCGCGUGGUUGCAUCCGGCUUCUGUCAUACCGACUACCAGGUUUACGAAGGCGCUUACAAUUCAAAACUUCCGAUCAUAGGCUCCCAUGAGGCAGCUGGCAGGAUAGCCGCACUGGGCCCUGAUGUAAGCGGAGACUGGAAAAUUGGUGACCGCGUCGGGGUGUAUUUUAUUAGGGACGCAUGCGGUACCUGCACAGAUUGCAGGUGGCAUGCUGUAACACACAAUGGGGAUCUGUGUCCACGAUAUUGUGCAAAUAAGACUAUGGUCGGUAUAAAAGGGGCAGAUGGCGGCUUCGCCCAGUAUAUGAUAACGUCGGACCUAGCAAUUUUGAAGCUUCCGGAUGACAUAUCGUUCGAACAAGCGGCACCGUUGAUGUGUGCAGGGGCGACGGUGUGGAAUGCGCUUCUCGAGGCCAACCUCCGAAAAGGCCAAACAGUGGCCAUCGUCGGAAUUGGUGGUCUAGGCAACCUUGCAGUUCAGUUUGCCAAAGCCUUGGGUUAUCGCGUUGUCGCCGCCAGUCAUCAUGACCCUGAUCUAUCAUGUCUUCCGCCAGCUCUGAGACCGGAUAUCGUUGUCUCUUAUACACAACCUGAUUCUGCCCAGGAAAUCACAGAAUUCACAGAAGGAAUUGGUUUGGACGCUGCCAUUGUAUGUACGCCCAGCACGGAAGCUAAUGACUGGGCAGCGCACCGGCUUCAGCCCAGAGGAAUAUGCGUGGUGCUAGGGUUGCCUACCAAAGGGUUUCAUUUUGAUGCCUUCAACCUUGUCUUCCGCCAGAUUGUGGUCAAGGGUUCACUGUAUGCGGAUAUUAAUGACCUUCCUCAGAUGCUGGAUGUGGUUUCGAAACAUAAGAUUCAGAGUCAUAUUACCGUUGUGCCACUAGAAGAAGCUGAGGAGCUACCCGAGAAAGUUGCUGCCCAUGAAUUGAGAGGGAGAGUAGUUGUCAAGAUUUAA